AUGUCGCCCAUUCCGAAAGAGUGGUUGAGGAAAGGCGGUCCAUUCAAGAAGAACCAACUCGGUGGAAUUCAAUGCCGGCCUUAUUGGGCCAUGGAACCAUUACGCACAUUAUCGGAUCGCAAAUUGAGUGGACAUAAACAAAACAAAUCGAAGAUUAACGAUUGGUUAAGAAAGUUUGAUGCGGAAAUGAGAAAAGCUAAUCGUCCGAUGCUACUUGACAAUGCUCCAGUACAUAAAUUCAAUCCUGAUAGUAAACUCACCAACAUUACUAUUCGCUUCUUUGCAUCAAAUAUGGCUUCAGUCAUCCAGCCAUGUGAUGCAAGUUUCAAGGCUCAAUACAGAAAACCAUUCAUUCAACAACGUAUCAACUUGACGAAAAUGGUACAGAGUUUGUCACUGCUUCAAGCAGAACACCAAAGAGAAUGCUCGACUAUUUCAACAGAAGCAUUGACUGAUGAAGAGAUAACUGCACAGGCUAUGGGAUUACAGUGUGCUGUAGAAUCGGAUUCAGAAGGCGAAUUUAGUAUCAAAGAAGAUGAAGGAAGGAGAAACCGUUCUAAAUCGGGCAUUGUUAUUUUUGGAACAGCAGGGAGAUAG